UGCACUGAUUCUGACACACAAGCAUAGCCUGAUGACUUACUAUUACUUUCCAUCCUAGCAUUUGAGAAUGCCUUCUUCUUCCCAACAUAUUCAAUCUUGGUAAUGUCAUUCUUGCAGCUUCCAUGGCGCCCACGGGAUCGCGCAAGACAAUAAAUCCUAGCCCGCCAUCGAGCAAUGGGGGUUCGCCCGCAUCAGGCAGAGACCGUUCGACUUCGACUUCGCGGAAGCAAGGAAGUGGAGCAAACUGGUAUCCUGGUACCUGGCCGGCCGUCUCAAGAGCAUCUAAAGCGGCUCCUGUUACCGAGGUUGCCCGCGAGAGCAUCUCAGUUGCUAAAAAUGUAGCAUCUAACGUCACAUCCUCCUCGACCUCCCUUCUCGAUUCCUCAAGACAACAUCGAAAUCCUUCUCUCCAACUGACAAGAAAACAAGGCGCAUCGACCAGAUCUCUCCCCGCGAACGCCACAACGACUUGCAUUAACAUUGCCUCGGACGGUUCUUUAUCUACCCCUGUAGCGGACACCCCAUUGGAAUCCCCUGGUCCAACAACACAACAAAAGGAUAAGGAAGAGCCUCACGAUAAGGGUAUCGGUUUUGUGGAUGAAGGUGUGAAAAAAGACCCGAACAAUACGGCUGAGACCGCAACUUCGGAUGUAGGUGUUCACACCGCGAAACCGGACAAUACCCCAGCGCUUGCAAAUCAGACUGGGGGAUGGCUUUCAUGGCUCUACGGAUCAUAUGCAACCGAGAACAGCACCCCGAAUGAUUCAACGCCAGUGAAGCCUCCGACAGACCCGUGCGACGAGGAUCAGACGCCGAAGGCAGACGACACUGAAACAGACAACAAGGGCCCAGAAGAGCAAGACAAGGCUGCCGAAGACACCAAUACAACAGGAAAUACAGAGACCACCGAGAUUACUGAAGUUCCCGCACCACCGCAGAGUCGAUCUUGGCUCCAAAUGUGGUACGGUUCGUCGUCAUCGUCCAAGGGGCCAGAGCACCCACCAAAGGAAAUACCCAAAAAAGAGGAGCCCACGGAUCCUCCCACAGCAGAUGAUACAGCAAUUCCAUCUGCCGAUACGGUACCAAAAUCGAACGAAGAGACCGAGAGGCCCGCAGAAGCAGGUGACCUUCCUAAGGCACCUGCCGAGAGCGCCAAAUCUUCCACCUGGUCAUUUUGGUUCAGAGAUACCAAAGGUUCUUCGGGGGGGAAAACACAAGAUGCAGAGUCUGUUGAAGCUCCAAUGGCUCAUGAUUCGCUAUCAAAACCGCCAACCAGUGAUCUAGAACCAGACUCAGACCAAAGAGUGGAGAUUACGAAGAAAGGAAGCGUCAAAAUCAAACCAUCCAAAGGACAUGUAGAAUCUGCGGUUGCCUUUGGGCCGGCUGCUCCCGAAUUGGAGGCCCAUCCCCCAGAAGCAGUACCGCCUAAGAUCCCUGAAGCUGCUUCCAAACAGUUACAGAAGAUCUUGCCCAACCAGGUCUUACCGCGUUUCGAGGAUACCUUUGCCCUGCAAGAGACACCUUCUUUUCUGCAGACUAUUGGGCGCUUCUUGCAUUAUAGCAAGGAACCAAGUAACAAGCACGUAUAUAUGAUCAAGGACCCUCCUCAUAUCCGGAAGGCUUUGGCUAUUGGAGUACACGGUUACUUUCCCGCUCCGUUGAUCCGGAGUGUCCUUGGUCAGCCAACAGGAACAUCCAUAAGGUUCUCAGGCAUGGCGGCCGACGCAAUUCGGAAAUGGACAGAGUCCCGCGGAUACAAAUGCGACAUUGAAAAGAUAGCCUUGGAAGGUGAAGGCCGAAUUUCUGACCGUGUGGACCUACUGUGGAAGCUACUCCUAAACUGGAUGGAUGAUAUAAGAAAAGCAGAUUUCAUCAUGGUUGCAUGCCACAGUCAGGGAGUUCCUGUGGCAAUCAUGCUGGUUGCCAAACUGAUAUCGUUUGGCUGUUUAAGUGCUGCUCGGGUUGGCAUCUGCGCAAUGGCUGGCGUUAACCAGGGUCCAUUUACAGACUACAGAUCUCGAUGGAUCAGUGGCUCUGCAGGGGAACUUUUUGAGUUCGCACUGCCCUACAGCCAGGUUUCGAAAGAUUAUGAAGCCGCACUGAAGAGCGCUCUAAAUUUCGGGGUUCGAAUCUCCUAUGUGGGAAGCAUUGAUGACCAGCUGGUUUCUCUUGAGUCAUCGCUGUUCUCUCCAAUAAGCCACCCUUACAUCUAUCGAGCAGUCUUCGUCGAUGGUCGUGUCCAUGCCCCAAGCUUCCUUUCGCAUUUGGUCGGGUUUGCCCUUAAACUACGAAACCUCGGAAUCUCAGACCAUGGCCUCAUUCGGGAGCUGAGCUCCCCACUCGCGGGCAGCCUCUACUCUGGAGAGGGACAUUCUCGACUAUACGACGAUGAAGCUGUUUACUCUCUUGCCAUUGAAUUUGCACUAGAAACGUCGAACGUCAACAGCCCAACCCUUGAUAUCAAGAGACCCCUCCCCUCUUCAGCUGCAAACCCUUAUAUCCUCCCAUUUGCCAUGCGAGGUCUUCUCGAAGAAGAAUACGUCAGGAAUGAGCUCUAUGAAGAGACGGUGGAACUAUUGAGGCAAUUCGAUAACUGGAAGCCGGCUAGCAAGGUGCUGAAGGACGUCAAGUUCCGGUUAGAAGGAAUCCGGUCAAAACUUUGAUCGUAUUCAUGCCAUCGCUCGAUGCGUCGUCAUGGCUACUGUACAUUGUUUCUCAGUGGACCAGUUGUUGGAUACCUUAGAUUCUCUUGCUGAUUUUCCCAUUCUUCAUGCUUUCUGAAAACAAAGGUGUUUUAAAGUAGAAAAAUGAAAUCUGCAACAUGCACAUAGAAGGGUAUAUUCAAACAUUGAUAGAGUCCUCAUACCGUUUAUCUACCCACCAUACUCAAUAAUUACAAGUAUAAAUACAUGAAAGGAAAAAAAAAAGAGGGGGGGCGGGGUAGAAUCAUAGAAAACAGGAAAGAAAAAAAAAAAAAAUCAUAAAUAAACACCUCUAAUUAUCUCUGCUCCAUUUCUCCCAGCACCACC